AUGUGCGUUAACUACACCAGUCUCAACAAUGCAUGCCCCAAAGACUGCUACCCUCUCCCAAAGAUCGACCAGCUGGUCGACGCGACGGUCGGUCACGCGCGACUCUCUUUUAUGGACGCCUACUCGGGAUACAACCAGAUCAGGAUGGCGCCCGAAGACAGAGAGCACACGACCUUCAUAACCGAUCAAGGGGUAUAUUUCUACAAAGUCAUGCCAUUCGGGCUAAAGAAUGCGGGGGCCACAUACCAGAGAACGGUGAACAAGAUGUUCGCCCACCAGAUCGGGAGGAACAUGGAGGUCUACGUGGACGACAUGAUUGUCAAAAGCCGAGAGGCCGGGACGCAUCUAGCCGACCUAGCUGAGGCCUUCGCCACGCUGCGCAAGUUCGGCAUGCGGCUCAACCCCGCAAAGUGCGCCUUCGGCGUCACCUCCGGGAAGUUCCUAGGGUUCAUUGUACACCAGAGAGGAAUCGACGCCGACCCGAAAAAGGCUCAGGCAAUAAUCAAUAUGCAGUCCCCCGGGACGGUUAAAGACUUGCAGCGGCUUAACGGCAGGCUGGUCGCUCUGUCUCGCUUCCUCGCCCGGUCAGGCGACCGCUGCCUCCCAUUCUUCAAGGCGCUCAAAGACCCGAAGAACUUUCAGUGGACAUCAGAAUGCGAGGAAGCCCUCAAACAGAUGAAGCAGCACCUGGCCAGCCUCCCUCGGCUCGCCUCCAUCUCCCCCGGCGAGAAGCUGGGCCUCUACUUAGCGGCCUCCCCGCACGCUGUCAGCUCAGUCCUGGUCAAGGAAAGCUCCGGCCGGCAGCUCCCGAUCUACUAUGUCAGCCACGUCCUGAGUGGACCUGAGGAGCGUUACCCACCGAUAGAAAAACUCGCGCUUGCCCUAGUGCUCUCCGCUCGGAAGUUGCGCCCCUACUUCCAGGCGCACCCGGUGGAAGUCAUCACCGACCAACCUCUCCGGCAGGUCUUGACCAAAUUUGAUGUUGCAGGACGGCUCCACAAAUGGGCGGUGGAGCUCGGUGAGCACGACAUAAGAUACCUGCCCAGGACUACCAUCAAGGCCCAGGCAGUGGCCGACUUCAUCGCGGAGCUGACUCAAGUGGGAGGUGUGAAUCUCGAGCAGUCUCCCGAGGCUUGGACCCUACACGUCGACGGCUCGGCCAACCCGAAGGGCGCAGGUGCGGGUCUGGUUCUCCUCGCCCCCGACGGACGUUCGUUCGAACGCUCCUUCCAUUUCGGGUUUAAAGCCACCAGCAACGAGGCGGAGUACGAGGCGCUCUUGGCGGGGCUGAGGUUGGCCCUCGAAAAACAGGCGGCCGCGAUACGCGUCCACACCGACUCGCAACUGGUAGCCGAGCAGCUCAACGGUGGAUACGAGGCUAGAGACGCAACCAUGGCAAAAUACCUAACCCGGGUAAGGGACCUAGCCGCCAAGUUCCAUUACUUUACGCUGUCUAGCGUUCCGAGGGAGGAAAACGGGCGAGCCGACGCGCUGGCCAAGAUGGCGUCGAGACCAACCACUGAAGCAGGGGUGGAGGUCGAGGAGCUCCCUGCCCGCGCCAUCGAAAUAGCAACUAUGGCCCCGGGCAGCACGCCGAUCACCUGGGUGCAAGAGCUGCUGCUGCGUUUCAAACGGGAUGGAACCCUUCCCCCCGACGAAGGCGCGGCUCGGCGCCUGCGUCGCAUGCACGCGUGGUACACUGAGGAGAGCGGCCACCUUUAUAAACGGUCCUUCACCUAUCCCCUCCUGCGAUGCCUGGAGCCUGGUGAAGCCCGAACGGUCCUCGCCGAAACCCACGACGGGGUCUGCGGCGGGCACAUUAGCGGGAGAACCUUGGCACACAAAAUACUCCGCCAAGGCUACUACUGGCCAACCAUGUGCCGCGACGCGAAAGCCUACGCACAACGGUGCAGCUCAUGCCAGCAACACGCCCGCGCACCCCUACGACCCGCAGUCCCGCUUAGCCCCAUCGACUGCGCGUGGCCGUUCGCGCAGUGGGGGCUGGACCUUCUCGGACCCUUCCCGCCGACUUCUGGACAGCGGAAGUAUAUAAUUGUAGGAGUAGACUACUUCACAAAAUGGGUCGAGGCCGAGCCGCUGGCGACGAUCACGGAACGCCAAAUGGAGAAGUUCAUGUGGAAGAACCUGGUAACUCGAUUCGGGUUGCCCAAGGCCAUUAUCACCGACAAUGGACCUCAGUUCGCCGGUAGAGGGUUCCGAGAAUUCUGCGCCGGACAUGGCAUCCAACUGAGGUUCAAUUCGGUGGCCCACCCUCAGACAAACGGGCUGGCGGAGGCGACCAACCGGUCCAUUUUAGACGGCCUCAAAAGAAGAGUGUCAGCAGCCCGAUCGGCCUGGACGGACGAGCUCCCCAGCGUGUUGUGGUCGCUACGCACCACUCCCAAGACCGCGACUGGAGAAUCCCCAUACAGCUUGACAUUCGGGACCGAAGCUGUCCUGCCGCCCGAAGUAGCUGUCACCACCCUUCGGACGAGUAGCUACGAUGAGGAAGCCUCGAACGAAGGGCUACGCGCCAGCCUCGAUGUGCUCGAGGAGCGACGCGCCGACGCGCACUUAAAAGCCCUCUCUCACCAGAGAGCCGUAGCCAGGAUCUACAACAAAAAAAUACAACCUCGACCGAUAAAGUUAAGCGAUUUGGUCCUCCGGAAGGCCGAGGUCAGCUACCCAUCCCAAACCAGGGGGAAGCUAGCCCCCAAAUGGGAAGGACCGUAUCGGGUCGUCAAGGUAUCCCGACCGGGUACUUACCGACUCGCAUCGAUGGACGGAUCUCCUUUGCCAAGAACCUGGAACGUCGGAAACCUCAAAAAGUUUUUCGUCUGA